UGGAGCGGAGCGCCGGCCACAGCGGAUUCGCAGGGUGCCCACUUUCCAUCGCUUCAGGUCUUUAACGCCAGCUCGGUUUGCAAAGCAAGCAUGGCUGACAAGUACGUGCCCACCGGUCUGGAACUCACCAUCGCCUCCAUGAUGGGGAUCUUCAAGUCGUAUGCCGGCAAGGAUGGCGACAGCUCCAGGCUCUCCAAAUCCGAGCUGAAGUCGCUCCUGAACAAGGAGCUGCCCGGGUAUCUUCAGAACGCCAGCGACCCGGCGGUGAUCGAGAAGGAGCUGAAGAAUCUGGACGAAGAUGGCGACGGCCAGGUGGACUUCAAAGAGUUCAUCAUCUUCAUCGCGGCCCUCACGGCCGCCUGCUACGACGCCAUCGAGGCGCAGGCCUUGAAGUCUCCGGCCAAGAAGUGAUUUUUUUUCCCAGAUACAAGCGGUGGGGUGGGUGUUAGUGGUCAGUGAUGGAGGGGGGGGGGGAGUUCCCAGAGUGGUGACACUGGCAAGGAAGUGCUGUGUGCGGCACGUUUUGAGGACUCUGGUUGGGGGUGAGUUAGUUCGGGUUGUGUACUGUUCGUUUUCGGUGUCCCGAGUUCUAAGACUGCCCCAGGUGACUUGGAACGUUGCUUCACGCGUUUGGCUGUAGGGGUGUGACGGCCUCUAAUGUCGCGCCGUGCAGACCCCAGUCUUUAGCUCGUUAAUUCCCCGAUCCGCUUUCAUUUGGCUGGCACGUUCAUCGCCGCGGUAGUGAAGAGGUGGGGGGGGGGGGGAAAUGUACCUAAUUUUGGCUAACUGCCUAAAAUCCAUCGGUGGCACUGGAAUAACGACACCCCAACCACCACUGCCUCCUCCAACUCCCCCCCCCCCCCCCCUUUGCUGCCCCUCCCCCACAGUAGUUCUGCUCACUGGUUUUCUCGUUCGUGGGCCCUCCGCCACCCUGGGUGUUUGUGAGACUGCUGGGGGUGGAAGCGGCAUGCGGCUGGUGUCUUGGUGCUGUUUGCUUGACCAAAACGCGUUUGCAAUAAUAAUAAAAAAGAGAAUAUUUGUACCUGCUCA